AUGGCCCUGAGCAACGGCCAUCUGUGUCGUUCACUGCCAGUGAACCAGCUGCUGCAGCAAAUCAUCGGCGCCUUAGAUGAAGAAUGGAUCGACGAGUGUCGGACACUGUGGCGCCUUCUGCAGUCGCCGCAUCUGCAGGCACUGCUCAGCGUCACUGACGUCGUCGCCCGCCAGGCCUAUGACCUGGACAACCUGGAGCACAUUCUCCAGGUGAUGACCGGCGAGAGUGCCGCCAAGGAGAAGAGCACCAAGACAACGCUGCUCUACAAAGAUCCGCCAAAGGCACCUGACCGACGACGGAAGGCGAAGCCCCGACAGAAGGUGGUCAAUGUUUUCAAGAGUCAAGAGCCGCUGGGGGUGACGGUGCGCUUUGACGAACAGACGGGCGACAUUGCCCUAGCCCGGGUGCUGGUCGGCGGUGCGGCCUACCGCAGCGGUCUGGUCAACGUCGGCGACCGAAUCCUCGAGGUGAAUGGCAUCCCACUGCGUGGCCGCUCACACCUCGAUGUGAUCAACAUUCUCCAGCGAGAGUGCCUCAAGUCGAUGAUCUCAUUUCGAAUUGUCGUCCUGCGACAGACAACUGUCAACAACGGCGGUGGUGGAAGAGGUGGUGGCGGCGAUGAAGGCGAUGGCUUCGUCCGUUCCUCGAUGUACAUCGUCCGGGCGCAUUUUGACUACAACCCCGCUAGUGACUCGCACAUUCCCUGCAACAGCAUCGGUCUCUCCUUUUCUCGUGGCAGCAUUCUCACUGUGCUCAACCGCGACGACCCCGAGUGGUGGCAGGCGUGCAUGGAACAGCAGGAGACGCAAGAGAGGACGACGGCAGUGGGCAGCUGCAAACGACGCAUGGAGGUCUUCACCAUCGCCGGCCUCAUUCCCAGCAGUCACCUGCAGGAGCGGCGGACAGUGGCCAUUCGGGAGCUGAAGAGCCACCUCGACCGCUACCGCUACAUCCACAUCCUGGGCGGCCUUCUGCCGACGCCCUUUCGCAAGGCCAAGUGGUCCGUGCAGAAGGUGCGCAAGGUGAUGUACGGUCUGGAGGAGUGCAGUGCCUUUGACCGCGAGGAGAUCGCCACCUACGAACCGGUGGGCAAGUACCUGCCCGAGGGAG